AUGUCCAGAGCGGAGCAAUGGCGUCGGCGUCAAUUGGAGGAAGAGCUCAGUUUGAGUCAGUACGGGGUCGAGAGCAUGUCUCCAAAUAUGAAGAGUCCAUCUGAAAAUAAACGUAACUUACGAAACCGUGCAGAUCGAUGCCCGGAAUUUCCUUCGUUUUCGCUUGAGUUUCGUCGCCGCAGUUCAAAUUUGUUUGCUAAUAUGAUCUCCCCGGAACGACCUGUUUUGCAGUCCCCGCCAAAACUAGCUCUGAUGACGCCUGUAGACACGAGUUUAUCCUCAGUUGCGCCUCCGCAAUCAAGACAUGUUACUGCUUCACCAGGGGAUCAACCAACACUAAGUAACAAGACAACUCCGAAUCGUCUGGGUCCUAUUGAUCAAUUUGUCCGCUCGACGGAACAACGCUCCACAAAAUGUACUCCUCGCAACUCAAUAACCACACCUCGAAAUCGGCCCGCACGAGCCCAAUUUCCAGCCAGUAGUCCGGUUGAAAGUUCUCGUGAAAUUCUCGUUUCUCCACAGAUAUUCGAUGAAGAAGCAAUGUUUUUAGCUCGGGAAGAAUUCCUGAACGUAACCAACACUCCCAACAUGGAUUUUGACACACCAAAUAGUUCCUCUGCUCGGAGGAGAAAUCAAAUGCUCAACGAAGAUAUGCUAGACUAUUCGAAUGGUUGCUCACCCAAAAGGUUAGUUUCAUCGUACCACUUUGGCCGUAAUUUUGUUCAUAUCCCAUCUGACCUUUAUUUAAAUUAG